AUGAAGUUCAUGAUUGAUGAUCUCCCUAUCCUCUUUCCGUACCCCAGGAUCUAUCCAGGCAAAUACAUGUGUGAUCUCAAACGCACACUGGAUGCAGGGGGUCACUGUGUCCUGGAGAUGCCUUCAGGAACUGGAAAGACCGUCACACUGCUAUCUCUGAUUGUAGCGUAUCAACAACAUUACCCGGAACAUCGCAAAUUGAUUUACUGCUCACGUACCAUGUCUGAGAUUGAAAAAGCACUCGCAGAAUUGAAGGCUUUGAUGAAAUAUCGAUCUGAACAACUAGGCUACGUCGAGGACUUCCGAGGAUUGGGUCUUACUUCUCGUAAGAACCUCUGCUUGCAUCCCUCAGUAAAGAGGGAGAAGAGUGGUACAAUCGUUGAUGCCAGAUGUCGAUCACUCACAGCAGGCUUCGUCAAGGAGAAGAAGGAGAAAGGCGAAGAUGUGGAACUCUGCGUCUACCACGAGAACCUUGAUCUUCUCGAACCACACAAUCUGAUACCUCCGGGUGUCUUCACGUUCGACGAUGUGCUCAAAUAUGGAGAAGAGCAAAAACAGUGCCCAUACUUCACAGUCCGACGAAUGAUGCCAUUCUGCAACGUCGUCAUUUACUCAUACCAUUAUCUUCUGGAUCCAAAAAUUGCCGAAAGAGUAUCAAAGGAACUCUCCAAGGACUGCAUUGUCGUAUUCGAUGAAGCUCAUAACAUCGACAAUGUCUGCAUUGAAUCACUAAGUAUUGACAUCACAGAAGAUUCACUACGGAAAGCAGGAAGAGGUGCUGCAAAUUUGGAGCGAAAGAUCAGUGAGAUGAAAACCACAGAUGCAGCGAAGCUGCAGAACGAGUACGCAAAGCUAGUCCAAGGCCUCCGAGACGCGGACGAAGCCAACGACGAAGGCGCUUUCAUGAGAAACCCAGCACUUCCAGACGAUCUCCUCAAGGAAGCAGUACCGGGCAACAUCAGAAGAGCAGAACAUUUCGUCGCUUUCCUCAAACGCUUCGUCGAGUACCUGAAAACUCGCAUGAAAGUCCUCCACGUCAUUUCAGAAACACCGCCAUCGUUCCUGCAACAUCUCAAGGAGCUCACAUUCAUCGAAAGAAAACCUCUACGGUUCUGCGCUGAGCGUUUGACAUCCCUCGUCAGAACUCUCGAGCUCACAAACAUCGAGGACUACCAACCACUUCAGGAAGUCGCCAGUUUCGCGACUCUAGUCGCAACCUAUGAUACAGGCUUCCUCCUCAUCCUCGAACCCUACGAAUCAGAAACCGCCACUGUUCCAAACCCCAUCCUCCACUUGACCUGUCUCGACGCCGCCAUCGCCAUCAAACCCGUCUUUGACCGUUUCUCAUCCGUCGUCAUCACAUCAGGCACAAUCUCCCCUCUUGAAAUCUAUCCCAAGAUGCUAGGUUUCAAUACCGUGGUGCAAGAAUCAUACUCCAUGACAUUAGCGAGAAGAAGUUUCUUGCCAAUGAUUGUAACCAGAGGAAGCGAUCAAGGUGCCAUUUCCUCCAGUUUCACCAUCCGCAACGAUCCCGGUGUCGUACGCAAUUACGGAAACCUCCUCAUCGAAUUCUCCAAAAUCACUCCCGAUGGCGUAGUAGUAUUCUUCCCGUCUUACCUGUACAUGGAAAGCAUCAUCUCCAUGUGGCAGGGCAUGGGCAUCCUCGACCAAGUCUGGAAACACAAACUCAUCCUCGUCGAAACCCCCGACUCACAAGAAACCUCUCUAGCCUUGGAAACCUAUCGUACAGCAUGCAGUAACGGCAGAGGUGCCAUUCUACUAUGUGUCGCGCGUGGAAAAGUCUCCGAAGGCAUAGAUUUCGACCACCAUUACGGCCGCACCGUGUUGUGCAUCGGCGUACCAUUCCAGUACACCGAAUCCCGCAUCCUCAAAGCACGUCUGGAAUUCCUCCGCGAAACCUACCGCAUCAGGGAGAAUGAUUUCCUCUCUUUCGACGCCAUGCGUCACGCGGCACAAUGUUUAGGUCGUGUGUUGCGCGGAAAAGACGAUUACGGAAUAAUGGUUCUCGCGGACCGAAGAUUCGGCAAGAAGCGCGUGCAGCUUCCCAAAUGGAUCAAUGCUGCAUUGUUGGAGGGGGAUUCCAAUCUUUCCGUCGAUCAGGCCGUCGCUACGGCCAAGAGGUUUUUGAAGCAGAUGAGCAAGCCUUUUCCGGCGAGGAUGCAGGAAGGUGUUAGUACGUGGAGUAUUGAAGAUUUGAACAGACACGCUGCAAAAGUGGAAAGGGAGAAAGCUAGAGAGGAGAGGAAUGCGGGUGUUGGUGGGGAUGCUGUUAUGAGGGAAGCCCAUCAUGCCGCAGAAGAUGAAUAUGGAGGUUUGGACGAUGAGGAUAUCAUGCAAAUCGAUGCUUGA